CAUUGAUGACUAAAAUAGUUGGAGAUUCUUGGCAUGAAGUUCUUUGCCUUUAAUCAUUUGAUGUUUCUUUGCUCUCUCUCUCUCAGUAAGUAUAAAGAUAGCCACUUGGAAAUUGUAUAUUUCUGUGCAUUUAUGAAUAUGUUUUUGCUGCUUGGUGAGUUUUAUACUUGAAUCAACUACUAUGAUAAACAUGCAAAAAUCUUCUUUACUAUGCAAGGGUUUAUUUGAUUUUUAUGCCAAUGUGAGUUUUGCAAAAUUGUUGAUGGCGAGCACCAGCCAAAAUGUGCACCAUGCUUAGAAACUCACUGGUUCUUUUAGGACCAGUUCUCUCCGGAACAUCUGAUCUUCAACCGGAUAAAAUAGAAGUGUCGCGUACAUGGAAAACCAAUCUCAACACUUGUGACUAGUUCAUUUGGAAAACUUAGCACAAAUAUCAUUGCAAAAACUUCAGAUUAAACGUGCUAUUGUUUGUAAGAAUGGAUUCACCAUGCAUUAAAAGUAUAUCCCCAGCAUUUAUGUUUUUAGAUUCAAAUUGAUAUACUAUUCAUAGGUCAAACAUAUUUAAAAAGAUGAUGUGCUCGACGUUUGGUCCUCGGGCUAACCUUUCGCUCCUCAACUAAUACCUUCUUCAAUUGUGGACAGCUUGUAAUCAAGGUUGUAACUCCUGCUUCUACAAUGCUAGGGCAAGAACGUAUAUUGCCGGUUUCCAGACUCCUAGCUAUGUAGCCAAGACGUACAUUUGUUAUUUGAUGACAGUUAGAUAUCACCAAAUCCUUCACCUAGUGCCACCGUUCCCUUGUCCCCAGGUUUUGCAAAAUAUUCUUGGUAUCAAUCGACAUAUUGGUUAAAUCCCGUCCUUGUAGCUGUCCUAAUAUCUUAUCGUGCUUGGAAGAACUGGACCUAUUAUAAGUCGCACUCUUUACCAAGUAGAACUUGAAAUGUUAGUAAAUAUACCAACUCUAACAUUCAAUUAAGCACCCACCAAUUGAUUUAAGGACCUUGACAAGAGUAGUGUUUUCUAUGCUUCAUUGAUUGGUUAUCAUGGAUUUGGAAGCAAAAGUAGAAACAUUAAUAAAUAUUUCUGAUUUUGCAACUUUAGCUACAGGGCAAAUAGGUAAGUUAUGGAGGGCCAUCGUUGAAUUUUUUUAUUUUUUAUUUUUAAAGCUUAACGUAAAGCAAUGUAUUUGUGGCUCAAAAUAAUUGACUCGAGGGAUAGAAUUAUACACCUACAGUUCCUAUGAUUGAAAAUAUAAAGUAGGAGAAAUGGAAAAACAAGACAUCUAAAAGAUCUAUCUGUUUCCUAAAAUUCCCAUUCCACUUACUCUCAGGUACAAGUACAACACAUUAAAAAAAGAAGAAGAGGAAAUUGUAAAAAAUGUCCACUUUCACAUUGUCAUUUACAAAAAUGUCCCAAAUUUGUUUCCUGUCUAUUUUGUUAUAAUUUAGAUCAAAAUACCUUUUAUAAUAGUUUCAAUUUACAGUAGAAAAACAAAUUUUUUCAUAUAAUUAAAAAUUCCCUUGACAAAUAAAAGCUUGAUGUAUAACCUAUACUGCAUAGUUGAAAAGUGCUAAUUUCAAUCCAAGCAUUAAAUGAUAAAUUCUCCCUAGUAGUGUAAAGAAUAUUGUCAGAUUUGCUUUGAUUGUUUGUUGUUUCAUAUCUGUGUAUUUCUAUGUUUCUCAAAAAAUUGAAAUAGACAAAAAAAUUUAAAAUCAGAGGAUGAAAAUUCUUGUGUCACCAGUUCGAGUCCCUUCAGGGCCACUGAGAUAAAUAUCCGGCCGUAAACUUCAGGGCCCGUGGGAUUACUCGAGGUGCGCAUAAGCUAGCAAGGACACCCACGGUCAUUAAAAAUAAAUAAAAAAUUCUUGUGUCAAAACUGGAUUGAUAUUCAAUCUUUGCCAAAAAGUUAUGUAUUCCCACCAGACAGAAGGCUUGAGGAGAAUUCUUUUCAUGUCUGCAAAAAUGUUCCCGUAAUCGACUUGGAAAAGGUCAAAGGCGAUGACAGAUCCUAGAUAAUUCAGGAGAUUCUUAAUGCAAGCUCAGGUUCAUGCUGUAUUUAACAAAAAACUACUAGUUGUGUGCUGUUAAUGCAGGUGAUCAACCAUGGAGUUGCUGAUAGUUCAAUGGAUGACACAAUGAGCAUAUUUAAGGAGUUCUUUGGGAUGCCAGCUGAGUUCAAGACGAGCUUUUACUCGUGUGACAUCAAUAAAAAUUGCAGGAUUCACUCGAGCACAUGGAACUACAGUGCUGAAGAGGUUCAUUAUUGGAGAGAGAAUUUCACUUAUUUAUGCUAUUCUAUCAAAGAUCACAUUUAACAUUGGCCAGAAAGGCCAGCCAGAUACCGGUACAACUUUAUCUUUGUUUGCUUGAUUUUGCAUGUGUUGUGAAAUAAAAAAAAGGUCGGGUUUGUUAGGUAACUGGGGAUUUUGCAAAGAAUUCAUUCUCACUGGUACAACUUUAUCUUCGUUGGCCACUAUUUUUUUGCGAAGAAUUCAUUCUCAGCGGUGAUAUAUCAUAGAGUUCUAGCCGGUUUGAGUGCUUUAAAUGCAGAUUUUGGACCUGUGAUUCAACCUCAUAAGAUUUUGGGAAUUUCUCUCUUUUUGCUUUCAACUUAUGUUUAUAUACUCGCCCUAUAGCCUGUAAGGAAAUUAGGUUUUCAUCUCUCUUGCAUUCUCCUGUAACUUCGCGUAGAGAAAAGCAUACUCAAAAUUAACUAAAUUAUUGUGAAAAAUGAGGGGUUUUGAUUGGAUAAAUACAGUCCUGCUGGACAGGUUAAUACUGCAAAUAUUCAGGCAACUGGAGUCGUGGGAGAGCCGAGAUGCCUGCUCUGUUGUGUGCAAGCGGUGGCUCAGUCUAGAGCAUUUAAACCGUGAAACUAUCUAUAUCAGCACCAGUGCCUACGUCAAGCUUCUAUCCCGGCGGUUUGUUAGCGUUGAAGUUACCAUAUCAGGGAGAGCAUAUCAUUUUAAUCAAUUUGCUCUCAGUGGUGAAAGUGUGUCUGAAGAAAAUGGGAUGAGAAAGUGUUGUUUUCCAGAUUCUGUAUUGGCUGCUGUUAGAGAUGGCUUUACCAAACUUGAGAUUUUGAGGUUGAUGUGGUUUCCUGAUGCAAUACAUGUAGGGCUAAUAUCUAUUGCUGAGAAAUGUAAAUUGCUCGUGUCUUUGCAAUUAGAGGAGUGUCAUCUUGACGAUGAAGCUCUAGCUGCUAUUGGGAAAUAUUGUUCUCGACUUGAAGAUAUAAAUUUGCGGGAUUGUGUAGGUUUGACCGAUGCUGGAUUGUUUCAGUUAGCCGUUGGUUGUGGGAGAACUUUGAAAUCACUUGGUGUUGCUUCCUGUGAAAGUCUUACUGAUAUCUCAUUAGAAGCAGUGGGAAUUCAUUGCCCAUCUCUUCAAUCCUUAUCAUUGGUUUCAAGUUCUAUCGACAACAAAGGCUUGCUCUCUGUAGCAGUAGGAUGUUGUCUACUAAAAUCUCUGAAGGUACAAUUCGAAAAUAUGAUGGGCGAGGCUUUGCAAGCUGUUGGAAGUUUUAGCUUACUGCUGGAGUUUUUAUCUCUAUGCCACUGUGCGAAAUUGACAGACAGGAGCCUUUGCGCUAUAGGGAAAGGAUAUAAGAAGUUGAAAAAACUUAGCCUAGAGUAUUGCUUACUUCUGCAUGACAUGGGUUUGGAUUCUGUUGCUAGGUUGCGCAGAGCUUUAGCUCCUUAAUGUCAAUGGUUGCAACAAUAUUGCAACAGGCGGACUGAAUUCCAUUGGAAAAGCUUGCACGUAAGCAGCUUGACAGCCUCUUUACUUGCCACACAAUAUUUUCUUUUCAUUAUUUUUUCGGAUACUGGUCUGGGUUGUGAAGCCUCCCCUUCCCUUGUUACCUCCCAAUGAACCUACAAUUAUCACUUCCAACUCUUUGUUCCGACAUUACUGUUACAUGUUAUGAUUGGGGGUCUUGGACUGCUCAAUGCGGUGGCCUUUCUAAGUUAGACUUGCUGCUCGAGGUUUCCGCAAAUGGAAAAUGAUGCGUUAUGUGAAAUUCGCAUUGGCUGCAGGUACUUGCAAUCUCUUCAUUUGGUUUACUGCUCAGGUAUUAUGGACAAAAUGUUAUGUGAUAUAGCAAGAGGGUGCGGAACUUGAAGAAGCUCCAUAUUCGCAAUUGCGAACAGGUACUCCACGCAUUAUGGGAAGUCUGAGCAUCACAGAGCGCACUGGUUUAACACAUCCUCUAGCUCUUUUUUUUUUUUUGAUAGGUAACAUAUCCUCUAGCUCUAUUGUUUGUAAUUAAUUGGGAUAUAUUUCUGAUUAAUUUGUCUAUGUUUUGCCUCUUUAAUUGGACUGUAACUGGUGACACAAGUGGCUAAACUCUCUUUGCGAACUACUAAUUGUAGUUGUUGUCAAUUAUUACACUAGGCAUCUUCAAGCCUUUGGCUGUUAAGACUUAAUGGGACUUGUUCAAAAUUUUCAUGUGAAACAUAAUUCAUUUAACUUUAUAAUAAACUUCAUGAUUUCAGUUCAUGUCCAGUCUUUCAAGCAUUUUGCAUUCAUCCAGUUGAAAACUAUUGUUUUUCCAUGCUUGCAUAGAUUCUUUUGAUGUUCAAACCACACUAUAAGAUAAAAGGAUCUUAUA